AUGGUGUUGCAAGCUGCCAUUUUUUACAGUGAUUGUCAAGUUACAAGAGGUAAGCUGUCACUUGUCUUGCGAGUGGUUAACUCAGAGAGAGAGUAG